UUGACAGCUUGAACAUGGAGAAGCCAGAGAAGCGUUACUUUAUUCGACGCAAGCAUGCAGUCAUCAUCUGCAUAACAGUGGUGUUGUGCUGUUUGGCAGUGGGCCUCGGGGUGGGUCUCUCUCGAUCAAACAACACCACUCCUGCUGCCACCACCACACCAGCCCCCACAGCGGGGCCUCCCCAGCCCCCUUCACCUGGCAGAGGGCCCUGCCUGCCUUCCACUGACUCCAGUGGGGACUGGAGGAAUUUCCGCUUACCUGACUAUGUGAAUCCCGUCCACUACAAUCUGCACCUGGAGCCGAACUUAGAGGAUGACACCUACACAGGCACUGUUGAUAUCCAGCUUGAAGUAACCAAGCCCACCCGUCAUCUCUGGCUCCACAUCAGGGAGACAUUUGUCAGUACCUUGCCAAGGCUGAAGGUGCUGAGUAGCCAAGGAGGACAGAGGGAAGUGGCAGUGAAAAGCUGCUUUGAAUACAAAGCUCAGCAGUAUGUGGUGGUGGAGGCCACAGAGGAGCUGCCUGUCCUGGACACAGGAGAGGUAUACACCCUCAGUCUAGACUUCCAGGGUUGGCUCAAUGGCUCUUUGGUGGGAUUCUACAGAGUUACCUACAUGGAGAAUGGAAUCACCAAAAAGAUUGCAGCUACGGAUCACGAGCCAACGGAUGCCCGCAAGUCUUUUCCCUGUUUUGAUGAACCUAACAAGAAAGCCACCUACACCAUCUCAAUAACUCAUGAUGUUAAUUACAACGUGCUGUCCAACAUGCCAGUAGAGGGCUCCCCUCAGCAACUACUAGGCAAUAAAAUCAAAACCACCUUUCAGAAGUCUGUUCCAAUGAGCACCUAUUUGGUAUGUUUUGCUGUGCACCAGUUUGCCUAUGUAGAGAGAACUUCAGCCAGAGGAAUUCCCUUGAAAAUCUGGGCCCAGCCAAGUCAGAUCAGCACAGCUUUGUAUGCAGUAAAUGUAACCAAGCUCAUUUUUGACUAUUUUGAGGAAUAUUUCAACAUGACAUACUCCAUCUCAAAAUUGGAUAAGAUAGCCAUUCCUGACUUUGGUACUGGUGCCAUGGAGAACUGGGGUCUUAUCACCUACAGGGAAACCAACUUGCUUUAUGAUGAAAACCAGUCAUCCUCUUACAACAAGCAGCGAGUUGCCAGUGUCAUCGCACAUGAACUGGUUCACCAGUGGUUUGGAAAUAUUGUAACUAUGGAUUGGUGGGAUGACCUGUGGCUCAAUGAGGGCUUUGCCAGCUUCUUUGAGUACAUCGGAGUGGAAUUAGCAGAACCAACCUGGGGCAUGCGAGACAUCAUGAUCAUCAGUGAUGUGCUUCCUGUCAUGGUGGAUGACGCUCUGCUGUCCUCUCAUCCGAUCAUUGUAGAUGUGUCAACCCCAGCUGAAAUCACCUCUGUGUUUGAUGCCAUCUCAUACAGCAAGGGAGCAUCUAUUCUCAGGAUGCUGGAGGACUGGAUGGGCAGAGACGAGUUCAGAGAUGGUUGUCGAAAAUAUUUGAAAGACUUCUAUUUCAAGAAUGCCAAAACGAGCGACUUCUGGGCAUCUCUUGCCAGUGUGAGUGGGUUGCCGAUUGCAGAAGUCAUGGAUACAUGGACCAAACAGAUGGGUUAUCCUGUGCUGGACCUGUCUGUCUCUGAUACGGAUGCCAGACUGAGCCAAAAGCGUUUCCUCUUGGACCCCAAAGCUGAUACUAGCCAGCCUCCUUCAGAUCUUGGGUACAAGUGGACAAUUCCAGUCCAAUGGCAUUCUCUUCAAAGUGACAAAAACAUGUCACUUAUGUUUGACAAAAACACCGCAGAGCAAACCAUCACCGGUUACUCACCAUUAGCGGAUGGGCUGCUAAAGGUUAACGAUGAUCAUAUUGGAUUCUACAGAGUCAACCAUGAUGACCGCAUGUGGACUGCUAUUAGUCAACAGCUUCAAACCAACCAUUUGGAGUUUGAUGCAGCUGAUCGCACAAGCUAUAUUGAUGAUGUUUUUGCUCUUGCAAGAGCGGACAUUAUAGAUUACGGUCACGCCUUCAACCUCACUAAGUACCUGACAAGUGAGACGGAGUAUAUAGUCUGGGACCGUGUGGAUGCCUCCAUUGCCUAUGUCCGGAACAUGUUGUCUAGCAAUGCUCUACUCUAUCCGAAGUUUCAGCAACUGUUUCGUGACCAUGUUAAAGCAAUCGCGACACAGCUUGGAUGGGAGGAUGAAGGAACACAGACAGAGAGACUCGAUUAAAAGACUUUACUGCUCUCCAAAUGUCUGUGUU